GAAAUAAGCUUCUUCGUCUUUUCGCAACUACGAAAAAAAAAAUGGGGAGGGGAAGGUGAAAAACCUUCUUCAUAUCCCUUCCCUUCUUCUUCUUCUUCUUCUUCUUCUUCAACAAUCCGCCAGAGCCACAGAGAGAGAUAUAUAGAGGAGAUGAAGCAGUGUAAUAACGGAAUUGAUGGUUUACGAAGCGGUCUUUCUCCUUCCACCAUCGAUUCUCCUUCCUUCUCUCUCACUGCUUCCAAAUCUGAGCACGAAUAUUCUAUCUGGUGUGAUUAUAAUCUAGACCUAUCCUUCUUGUCCUCCGAUGACCAGAGAAGUGGCCUCGAUGAUGAUGAUUCUCUAUCUAAUCUCUCUCGCGAUGUAGAUGCCACCAAAGGUGAGAACAAAAUUUGUAUUGUGUUCUCUUCUCUCUUUGAUGUUAAAGGACAGCUUUUAGAGGAAAAGAUUGUUUUGCUAAACCCUAAUCAACUUCUCUCGAAAUCGCCCUCCAAUGUUACUGGUGAUGAUAAGAUGGAACCGUCCUGUGCCAACACAAUUCUCAUCUCUGAGAAAUCUUCUGCAGGCUCUCUCCAAGAUGACUCUGAGGAGGAUUCUCCUUGCUGGAUAGGAAUACAAUCUCGCAAGACUCUACUAGCCUCAGGUGCCAAAUCCGUGGCUUCAAGGCGUUCUACUGAUGAUCUUAGUGGGUUUCAUAGAUUGAAUCCUUUGGCACCUCAGUUUAUACCAUCCAAUUCUAAGAAGAACGUUGACACGGAUGUGGGGAAAUUUGAAGAGAAGAGUUCUUCGUCGUUGAAGAAGUCUCUGUCUUCGAAUUUUCCAUCGUCCUCUGGAGAGUUCGACUUAACCGAUCUUCCUGUUGAUGGAAGUAACGAUGCAGCAAGAAGUAUAAGCAUCUUGAACCACAAUGCAGAUGAAAGUUUGGGUUUUGUAUCUCAAGAUAGCGUUUCCAAGACCGUGAGCAUCUCGGAUUCUAGAAAUGAAACCCAACUAUCUAAAAGGUUGGAUCCUUUGGCCCCUCUUUUUGUUCCCUCUGGUGCGAAACUAAGUCCUUCUGUUCAUGAGAAGCAAGGAGCUUUUGAGGCAACUUCUGCCCUAACUUCGCUUAAUAUGGUCAAGGUAGUGGCCUCUUCUGGAGAGCUUGACAACAGUUUCAAGAGUUCGUAUGGUGCUCAUGAAUCAGGUUCGACAUCUUCAUACACUGCAAAGCUUGGAACCUCCAACGACAAGUCUCAUGGUCAGCGGAAAUUGAAUCCUUUGGCCCGUCAGUUCUCUCUUGCAGAUACUAAACGGAAAGCAUAUCGCUAUGAUAAUUACCAGUCUGCAGAUGAUUCGUCGCUAGUGGUGAAUUCUCCAACUGGUUAUUGGGAUCAUAAUGCAGUAGAUGCAGAUUUAUCGCAAUCCUCAGUAUAUGUGAAACGUCUCCUUCCCAACAUAUCUCCAAAGGCUGACAGUAACGUUGGGUCUACUAAGUGGUUUGCGGUGGAGCCUAACACUACGCUUUCAGUACAGGGUAACAAAGAUUUUAAGCAUCCUCUUCCAUUUCAUGUCGUGGAAACUGCGGCGAGCUCAUCUUCAAGCGGUGUGAAAGCUUUUUCUGGGUCAUCACCAAAAAUGGAUGUGAAGAAGCUACUUACAACAAUGCAUGGACUGUCGGAGUUACUAACGCAUGCACACGGUUCAGAGUCUUCAGAUUCACCUGAUGCGGAUGAGGUUGAUCUCAUUAACAGUACUGUACAGAAUCUCAACUUGUACGUCAGAAACAGCACUCAGGAACAGGCUGAGUAUAAAAGCAUCGGACGACACAAUUCAUAUGAUAUACAGCUUUUACCUAACAAGAGUAAGCUAUCGAUUAGAGACCUUCAGCUUCCAAGGACAAACAAUAUGACUGUCGACCUUGAUGUUAAAAGGAAGGAGAAAUACUCUGUGGACUCCGGGGAGAUGGUCCCAGAUUCUCGUUUGUAUUAUGGUGUGACCAAAGAUAACGGCUUUGGUCAGGUUGUGGCUAAAAGUGCUUACCAACAACAGAAUCAUCAAGGCGAGGAGCAGAUUAACCAGCAUGCACUGUUCUAUAAAAGCCUAUGGCUGAAGGCUGAAGCAGACAGGUUGGCAUAUGUAUAA